AAUAUGUUUUUCAAGUAUCUUAAAUGGCGUGUAAACUCGGCCACCUUUGAAGUUUGGCCAAUUUUCCAAAGCCAUAAAUUUCCACACUUGAGAGUAGCGUCUUUAGGAAGAAAAAAAGUGUCGGAAAAUUGUACAUUUGCUUUCGGAAACUGCUUCAGCGUAAUUAAAACAAAAUGAACGAAGCCAUUCGAUAUGGUUGCCUAGUAAACAGAUACGCUUGCUGCGUUGUCUGAUGAAUUAUUUACAUAUUUAAAAUACGUCCGUGUUCCGCUUCUUUUUAUGUUGCAUUAAGUAAUACACUAACGCUUUUGGCGGAUGGAUUUGAAACUAGUAUUGAAAGGAUCUCCAUCAUCAAAUUGUCGCCAUUUUAUUGUUUUGACAUGCAUAUUUUAACGUGAAGUAUCGACGUUAUUGGACCGUCGUUGUUGUCAUAUUUACAAUUUCGAAAAUGUUUCUCACACCCGAUGCCUCGUGCAGAAUGAUGAUAAACACAACUAUACUGACCGUCGUUUCCUGAAUGGAAUCUUCCCAGCCUCAAGAUGAGUACUUUCAUACAUUUUAUUUUCAGGCGUUUAGCGAUCAGUUUGCACUUCUGUCGGAAGAAGUUGCUGAGAUAAUCGAAGAAGGGGAAACGAUUUCACAUGACGAGAAUGACACGCUCUCUGGCAAGUUACAUGAUGUUCAAGAAAGAUUUUCGCGAAUACAGGAGCUUAUCGAGAAACAGAGUGAUUCUGAACGAUUUGAGAAGGCUCUGCAGGAUUAUAAAAGAAAGUUUGAAACAGUGAAUGCUAGAUUGUCGCACAAUGAAACUGGGAAACACAAUGAGAAUACACAGUGUUUAUUUGAGGAUGAAGAAGAACUCCAAACACUCGAAGAGAACUUUCGAAAUCUUCAAAAACUUGGUGAAGAUAUUUCAUCCAAACUUUCCGAAGAGGAAAAAGGAAGAAUUGUUUCUCCGUUUUGUGAGUUAGAUUCCUCACUGAGACAUUUAAAACACGACAUCGCCGUAAGAAGACAUGCAGGGGAUACGGAAGAUGACAGGAGGAUAAAAAACGUGCACGUAGGGGAUACGCUGGAUAACAGAAGGAAAGAAAACAUUCAUGUAGAGGAUACGGAGGAUGACAGAAGGAUAGAAAGCAUGCACGUAGGGGAUACGCUGGAUGACAAAAGGAUUGGACAUGUGCAUGUGGGGGAUACCAAUGAUGACAAAAGGAUUGGACAUGUGCAUGUGGGGGAUACGAAGGAUGGCAAAGGGAUCGAAAAAGUCCAUGUAGGGGAUACAAUUGAUGGCACAAAUUCAAGCGAGUGUACAAUUGGUCAUGCAACUAAUUAUAAAAGUUCAUUUCACGGUAAGAGUAAAACUGUUGUUGGAAAAGCAGUUCCCGUUGGUCUCUGUGAUAGUACUGACGUGGAUAGUGAGGAACAUUGUGUGAUGCGAGGGAGUAGUGAUGGAUCACAGUGUGGAUCGGAUAGUGGCAUGGGCGACUCUUUAAUGAACACUUCGGCAAGUGAAUGGGCGGAUGGUUGUAGUAACACGCUCGCAGUUCCUUUGAUAAAUAACGUACCUCAAAAAGAUCCUCGUGGUCCUGCUAGCGAUUGUGUUACUGACGUGAAUGACUAUACAAAUAUUGAACAAAUGGUAUUAAGUCGCCCAGAUCAAAAAGAGCACGACAAGAAUGGCGAGAUAGACGAUCUAGUCACGUCUGUCGGAGAGACUAUCUUAAUAAAAACCGUUCGUGAUUUGGAAGAUUUUGAAUGGACUGAUAACAUAGACAAACCACUACAAGUUAUAACAUCUGUGUGCUGUGAUUCUUUAUCUGUAUCGUCAACAGAUAAAGACGUCAUAGAUGUCUCUUUUGAUGAUCGUGAUGAUGACGAGGAAACUGUAGUGGAUACGAGGGUGUCAUCAAUGGAUCAUGGAGUACAUCUUGUUGAAAGUGAUGGCGAGGAAACUUUAGUGAAUACGAGGGUGUCAUCAAUGGAUCAUGGAGUACAUCUUGUUGAAAGUGAUGGCGAGAUAACUUUAGUGGAUACGAGGGUGUCAUCAAUGGAUCAUGGAGUACAUCUUGUUGAAAGUGAUGUCGAAAUAACUUCAAAUGACGAUGGACAAAGAAAUGCUUGUUGGAAAGAUGCAUCUGUCGACAAUGUGAAUGAAGAGGUUGAAAAACUUAACAAUGACGACUCCUUUAAGGAGGAGCAUGUGCCCCUUUCUAUCCUUCAGGAUCCACUACAAUCCAUCUCCCAAUCUGGAGUCGAGACAAUCGAACAAUUUCUCCACGAGCCGGAUGCGCUGUUUCAAAAGUUAGUUCAUUUUGAGGAGAUGUUAAAACCAGAUGAAAAUCGUCCAGACAAGCUCAAAUCCUCCCUCAUCAAACAUGCUGCUGUUUGUAUUGAAAUGAAAAACAUCGAAACAAGAAUGAACAUCGUGAACAGGCAUGCGCCAAACUUCACGAGAAAAGCGCAAAGCGGCUUACAUAAAGUACUUGAAGAACGGCUCAAAGCUCUCAACAACCAAUGGGAUGAAUUGCGGGAAAACGCGUCUACCAGACAGAAGGACUUGGAACGACGUCUACAUGAUCACACUGAAAGUGAAACUUCGUCAGACGAAGACAAUUGUGUGUACGCUUUGAAAAAGAACACAGCGCUGUUAAGCUCAUUGUAUUUUAACACGGAAAAUGAGGAAAUCAAACGAUUCCUGAAUAAGCUCGGUUCGUUUACGGUGGCGAGCGACCCUCAAGAUAGUCGGCGACAUUUCAAUGAAGAUUUUAUGAACUACCAAUCGUCAUUUCACGACUUAUUCGAGUGGCUGACUUCUACAGAAGAUAGUGUUGAUGGUAUUCCUGUUGGAAACGAUUCAGAGAAAAUGAAAGAACAUGUGAAGUAUUUUCAGGGUUUAAAUGUCGAAAUCAUGCGGAGGAGAGCUGACCUUAAAGAUUUAAUGGUUCGAUCUGCGAAAUUUGGGCAGUUCUCAAGCGAAAUGAACGCGGACCACGUGACCGAGUUACGUCAUCUAUGGCGUGACGUCAUGUUGAAGGUUUUCUCGAGAUUGGGUGAUGUCCAACGUGUUCGUUAUGACGUGAUGAUGAAGACGUCGGAAUUGAACGAAGAGAAAGAUUGUGAGAGCGUAGUGAUGGAGUGUAAAGUGGGAGCUGAAGAUUUGUUGAAAAGAGUCGAUGUCUUGAAUGAAGUUGCUUCAAAUAGCAAAGAGGCUUGUGUAUAUGGAGCUUUCAAGUCAAUAUUGUCGGAGUUUGCUGUGUUGAAAGAACUUUUGAACUUCCUGAACGAGUCGACAUGCACACAUCAAAACUCUGAAACCUUCAAGGAACUUCUCCAACGAGUUGCUUGCAUUGAAACACGCAUCAAAACGUGGCGGAAUGAUUUUGUUGAACCUGGAAUAUUACACAACACAAUGAAUGUCGAAGCAGCUAUGGACGACGAUGAAGUAGAAACCAUCUCUGAGGAGUCGAAGUCUCCACGAAGUAGAGCGAAGACUUGGCCCGAACACAACAGCAUACUGAUGCAAAUCUUCAAAGAACUGGCGAACUUUGAAAUUUGGCUGAGAAACGCGGAGGAAAAUGUUGAAAAUUACAUCGGUAUUGCCAUUCCCCAAACUCUAAACGAAAUGAAAUCCAAGCUAAAGGAAAUACAGUUGACUGGCAGAAGUAUUCGAAAUAAGAAAACGGAAAUGGAGGGCAUAAUGGAGACUUUAGCUAUUUUCAAAGAAGACGACGAUUACUCAGAACUUUCCAAAAGAUGGCAGUUAUUUUCAGCUCGCGCGAAUGAUUUGCAGCUGCAAUCGGAUGGAUUGAAUGAGGAGUUGAAGGAUAUUUGUUUCCAAUGGCAGUUAUUCGAAAGUCGCUACUUUGAGUUGCUUCAAUGGCUGCAUAAAUUACGAAUCAAUUUCAUCACUCCCUUAAAGGAGAACGAUGAAGGCACUGUGGAUUUUGUGCUGGGAAAAUUAUUCAAAGUUCGUGAAAUCGAGAAAAAGUUAACUGAAAAGGUGUCGGUGAAGAGCGACGUUUUACGACAAGGUGAACAGUUGCACACGAGAACAGAAGCUGCGGGAGUCAGCGUGAUGUUGGAGCAACUUAAAGAGGACUGGGACGGGAUCGAGGGCGAUCUCACGAAAGAACGAGCUAGAUUGGAAAACGUAAUGAAACUGUGGAAAGAUUACGAUAGAAGACAAGAUGAUAUGAAUGAUUGGUUGGAUGAUAUUCUUACAUCACUUCGUGCUCUCGAACACAACGAUGAGACCAUUGAUAUGGUCAGGAGUCAAAUAGAAUUGAUCCAGAAACAUCAUGAUCAAAUCAAUGAUCAUUUGGUAUUGAAAGAAUCCUUGGACAUCGCCUUUCAUUAUCUUAUCGAUAACAUUCACGGGGACGUACAACAUCUUCAGGAGAAACAAACUGAUAUAAACGGACUUUGGGAGGAUCUACAAACCUUGGUCUCUGAUCGAUUUGACGAACUCGUUGCACUGGAGUGUGAUCUUGAAAAGUCCGGUGUGAUCGAGUGCGUUCGCGAAUUAAACGAUUGUGUGGAAUCUGCGAAGGACUUGACACUAGCGCUCAUUCCACUUGUCGGCAGCUCAACAUUGGAUCAGAUUAAAUUACUUGUGAGCAAAUAUCAGACAACGAGGAAAGAAUUACGAUCGAAAGAGGAAAAACUCAAUGAUGUAAAACGGAAAAUCCGCGGCGAUCAAUUCAAAGAUGACGAGAGCGCCACUUUAAGAAAAUCGGUAGCGCAACUUGAUGAAGCCUGGAGACAAGUCACUUCGUCGAUCAACGAGAAAGAAGAGUCGCUAAAGAUCUCGCUAAGUAACUGGAUUGAUUUCCAAAGUCAGCUGACUCAUCUGAUUGAUACCGAUUCUUGGUUUGCUACAAGGGAAGCUGUCAUGUCGAAAUAUAAACACAUUUCUAGUGAGAAAGAUCGUAAUAUUGCUCUGGAGGAUGUCAAGGCUAUGAAAGGUUUUCUAGCAACGCAAAAAAUUGUGGUGACGUCAUUUGUGGACUCGGCCCGAAGCCUUCUGACAACUGGUUUAUACGACUCCGAGGAAAUCGAAGGGAUACUUGGGGAUAUCGAAGAACGAUGGGAGGAUAUUCACACCAAAGUAAAUGAUUGCGAGGUUUGGCUUGGUGAGCUGACAACGAAACAUAAAUCGUGUCAGGAAUCUGUUGGCUCCAUCAUGGCAUUUCUCGACCAAGCCGAAAUCGUGCUGCAUAACUUUUCGUCCUUUGAUGUUGAUCUAGAAGGUUUGAACUCACAGAAGUCUAGUCUUGAUAAUCUUGAGAAAGAAAUGAAUGAAAUAAAAUUGGCGGUCGACAAUCUCACUAGUCUCAUGAUCGAGUUGAACAAUGUUUGUGACGAGAGAUUUGUGCAUGAACUCGAGGUGGACACGAGUGAACUUACCCAGCGAUUUCAUCGUGUCGCGAUGCAAGUUAAGGAGAAGAAACUCGACGUUGAACGAGUUGUAAACGUAUGUCAGAAUUUUGAUAAGGACUGUGACGAGUUGUUUGCUUGGCUGAAAUAUCAAUGGGAAACAUUGGAUGCUGAAGACGAAGCCCCGCAGUUGUUGGCGAAUGAGCUCACUAAGUUAAAAGAAUUUGAGCGGCUGCAAGAGAGCUUGAAGAACCAAAAAGACAUUUUCGAAAAUCUCAGGUUUCGUGGGCAGGAACUCAAGUCGGAAAUGAUGAACGGCGCCAACUUUGUUUCACCAAAACUGGAGCAAAUCGAAGAGUGUUUUAAAGACUUUUCCCAGAAACUAGAUAAACAGCAACAAAGCUUAAUACAUAAAACGAAAUCCUGGUUGGAUUUCUGCAAUAAACUUCAAACCGUCCAACAACAAGUUGCAGAAGUUGAAAAACAAUCCUACGCAAGUUGUUCAGUAGAAACUAUGGAACAUUAUAGAACAUUACAGAAGCUUAUUCGUGAAGUUGACCAUACACAACACGAACUGGAAGAACUUGACCAGUUCACCAAAGAAAACUUCCUUGACGAAAAGUCCGAGUGGUCAACUGGUGCCAGUGCGGAUGUGAAAGAGCUGGGAAAGCGAUUAGAAGCGCUUUCGACAGAGUUGAAUUCUAAGAAAAGCGAAACGGAGAACGUGCAAAAGUUACUAGCGAAAUUCCAGGAACAAUGUCGACAUUUAAACGCAGUUCUGCUUGAUACCGAAGUGAAACUGGCCAAUGACAUGAACAGUUUUCACGAGGACGAACAACCUUUCGAGCUCUUUCAGAGUAACAUUGAUCAACACAACGCUGAGCUACUCUGUGCGGAAGAACUUGCAGAGACGCUUGACGUAAGUUCUCUGGUUGAUGAGAACACUCGCCACGAAGUUGAGGGGAAAUUGAGCGAGUUACGAGAGCGCUGGAAGACCACGUGUUCUGCUGUUGAAAAACACAAACAAAUAUUGGACAGUCGUCUUAUGAAGUGGCGCGAUUUCAAACGGAAGCAUAAGGAGUUCAUCACUUGGCUGAGCGAGUUUGAAACUCGACCUGGUUUGGAAUCUGUCGUAUCUUCAGACAUAAAUGAACUGGAAACCCAUGUAGAGUAUGUUGAGGCUUGUUGCAGCGAGAUUUCUUCAAGGCAAAGUCAAUUCGAACGUCUACGCUCCCUGGCAGAACAGUGCUUGAUACGGUCCAACGAUAAAAUAUCUGACGCCAUUGAAAGAGAAUUUCACGAGGUUCAAACGCGUUGGCUUCGCGUCUCCGACUCAAUCGCAUCAAAUCAACGAACACUUGAGCUUACCCUCGAGGACUGGCAAGAGUACACUACUGUGAUGGAAGACAUAAUGAAAUGGUUGAGAAGGACUGAACUUUACUUGAAAACAGCGAGCGCUUCGAGCCUGUCUGAUUUAGAGAAGUACUAUGAAAGGCUAAAGGAGUUAAGCAAUGACAUCGAAGAUCGACGUCCCCAUUUGGAAUUGCUCACACAAAGAGGAAAGCGGUUAUCGCGCAUGUCCUCAUACGCAAACGCUGACCACAUUAACAAUCAGGUUUCUGUAAUGGGUUCUCUGUGGACUAACGUGUGUACCUGUUUAUCAACCAAGAUACAUUGCACCGUCGAUUUGCUGCACUUUUUGAGAAAAUUUAUGGAGAACUUUGAGAGCGUGUCAGCGUGGUUGCGCCGUUUUGAAAACAUCGUUCAUGUAGACUCAAUAAACUUCUAUUCCUGUAGUCCUGAAGAGCAGAGAGUAAAAAUUAAGGCAUAUCGUAAGGAAAUUGAAAGUCACGAAUUCGAGAGAUCAAUCAUUAACGAUUCAACUUUGUCAUUGUUUGACAAGGAGAUCAAUAGCGAGUUAUUACGUUACGUCACGGAGCGACGCGAUGCCCUCAAUGAACGCUGGGAAAAUCUGUGUAUCCAAUUGGGUAUUUCGUACAAGAAGGCCGAACAGACAAAGUAUUCACUGAAGCUUUUAGAAGCCCAGCUUACGCAGUUAAACAAGUGGAUGUCCAGUGUUGAGCAACAAGUUAUUGAGAUCAGUGGAAAGCUGUCAUGUGAUGUAGAUGAGUUGAGCCAGCAAUUAGUUAAUCUACAGAUAAGUCAAACAGAAAUCAAGACACGAUCACCCGACGUCAUAUCUGUGCUAAGUUUAUGCGUUCGAUUGCAGAGUUGCAAUUUUCCUCACGAGAACGACUCGAACGACAUCGAAACAGCUCGAAAUAAUUUCGAAUUGCGUUGGCAAAAGAUUACAAGAGAUGUAGGAACGUUGUUGAAACAAAGUCGUGACCGUAUUGCACUGUGCAACGAGUUCAGGGAAGAUUACAAACAGUUUAUGACUUGGCAAAGGGCGUUUCGAAGCCAAGUUUCGCUUCCCGGAGGAAGCUGUGAUGAUUUACGCGAGGUGAAUUGCGAAAUGUCAAGAUUGCAGGAUCUUAAGCGUCAAGUGGGAGCAAAGGGUGUUCUUUUGGAACGUCUGUUGACUAGAGGCAACUACCUCGCCAAUGCAACCAAGUCUAAUUCAGCACAGCCCAUACGUAAAAUGAUCGGGAAUUGCCAAAAGCACUGGAACGAUAUAAGUCGUGAAUUGGAUGCUUCCACUGACAAGUUUCGACUUCUUUCCAAAAACUUCGUGGAGUUCGAGGAAAUGCGUCGGCACGUGAAUGCCUGGCUGACUGAAAUGGAAGUUCGCCUUAUACGUCUGGAUGAAGAGAAGAACAGCGAAGAAGAACAUUUACAAAAGCUUAAAACUCUUCAACGUGAUAUCAACAUGAAAUACGGCUUUCUCAGUGACCUCUCGACUCAAGUGACUAAACUCAAAUCAUCUGGUUCAAUAUUUGACUUCCGCUUGCAACAACAAAAAGUCGAAGAACUGAAGCUGCGAUAUGAACAGGCUCUUCAUUAUUCUUUGACCCUCAUUCUCGAUUUGGCUAUUCCCAGUCCUUUUUCAUCUCCCAAUCGCGCUGCACUUAAGUUCUCCACUAUUACGUCAUAGCGUUAUUAUGGUUACGUCAUCUUCGUUUUCAAUCGUAUUUAUUAACUUUAUUAAAUGUUUGAUAAUAUAAUUGUAAAUACAUGUAAUAAUAGAAAUAUUGUUUGUAAGCAUUGUAAAUACGACAAAAUUGUUAAAUUAUUACGAACUUGAAAAGUCGAACAGACCUUCACAUGAACUUUUAAUGCAUUCUAAAACACAGUUAGUUUGGUUACUUCGUGUCAUUGACAGAUAACGAUAUAUUUUUAAUGGAAGUUUUCGCUUUUUAGUUUGAUGUAAAUAUGGAGCGAUGAAAUAGAAAUGUACAUGAAGAUAAAUUUUCUAAUUACUUUAAAAGUCUUA